ACCCAGUGACUCGCGCUUAGUGCGUAGCGGUCGCUGAAUUAUUUAUCAUGUAGAAGCGGCUCAGGCAUUUCGAGGAAUUGGUCACGCGAGUUUUCGCUAUAAAACUCUGAUAGAUGAACCAUAGUGGAUGAUACUGUAGUGGAAGCAGCUUGCGAUUCUACGCGUUUAAUCGCCAUUAAGAGCUUGUUAAGUGCCGACAAUAUAUCCUAUAGCAACAAGGUGGAACGACAUGACGGCGUGAAGAUUAAUUUUUUUGUCGUUGUAUAGAACAAAUAUUCAGGGAAAUUAACAUUAGUUUCUGGUAAUAUUGGUGAAAUAUAUCCAGAAGUGAAAACAGACCCAGCCGGGGACGCAGUGAAACACGCGACAUUUUUCACCUUUGAUUUGGUAUUGCUGCCUUUGCGGCAGACGCGUGUAUGUCGGGAAAAGUUAGAAAUAGUUUUCUAUUUUGAGGUGUUGAUUGACAGUUGAAGAGGAACUUCGAAGGUUACUGCAAGACGUGGAUUGGCUUGAAAGCCGUGUUUCUUGAACUAGCUUUUUACUGAAUCCAACCACUCCUACGCAGAAAGCACUCUCAACGCUGAGCAUUCAGUGCACUUGAAGUGAGUUGAUUUAUUUGGUUUGAGGACGCGGGCACUGUUGAAUUUAACGAACGAUGACUUACCAAUUCCGGGGUCACUUUAGACAGCUAAGGAUCCUGAACGCAGUCGAAAGUGCUUUGUUUUUCAUUGUGCUGCUUUUAUCACACGACCUUGCAGAUGGAAACAUUUCACUCAAAGAUGUAUAUCAGACGGCAGGGCCUGAAGGAAAAAGUGUCGAAAAACGCAGCUUUCUCUCUCGAUUGAACUGUCUCCUGAUGUCUCUUCCAUUCCAUGUAUACGGGCAAUCUUCACCUCAGUACAUUUCCGGUUGCAGGGAGGCGGCUGGGUUUGAUAAUUACGACGCCGUUGAGGCGACAGGUGAUUCCGUCCCUGGAGAUGACUCCGCCAGCUACAGGGGGUUAGUUUCUUCUCCGCGCAAGAAGCCUCAAGACGCUACCCCAGAGAACAGCAUUCAAAGACUCCAGCCCUACCUGUUUUAUCCGAACACCUGGUGUUACAGACAAAAAUGUUCCAAGAACUCGGACUGCUGCCAGAGAUACAAUAUAUGUUCCAUGAAUAUGUGUAUCCCCUGUCUCCGCUCAGACCCCUGCCGAACUAUGGCCGACUGCUGUAAAAGGUACCCCUAUUGCAAGAAAAGCAGGUUCAGGGCCAAACAAGGGGAGUGGUCGGGGCAAUGUGUGGACAAAAGACAGUUUUUUAAUGAUUAACGGUUUUCAGAUUACGUUUGUGACAAUCAUCAAUUUCAUGUGGCUGGACAUGUAAUAAAGAAGUCAUUAAUUUAACUCAGUGGAAACAUUCAACUUGGGGAACUAUUUUGGAAAACAUUUACAAAACUGUGUUUGUAUUUUUGUUGUUUUCGUUUUGUGUUGAGUGUUAACUGUGAACAUAGUAAUAUUUGACAAUCUCACGGAUAUUGAUAUCCGCGCGUCCGGGAGGUAAUAAUUGUGACCAAAUGGCACGAGACA